AUGAGAGAAACAAAUCAGACUCAGGUGACAGAAUUUUUCCUUCUGGGACUCUCUGAUGACCCCUACACUCAGAAGCUGCUUUUUGUCUUAUUCUUGGUUGUGUACCUGGUCACUGUGCUUGGAAAUCUGUUGCUCAUGUCUCUAAUUUGGAUUGACUCCCAGCUUCACACACCCAUGUAUUUUUUUCUCUGCAACUUGUCUCUGGCUGACCUCUGUUUCUCUACCAACAUCGUUCCUCAGGCUCUAGUUCACCUUCUAUCCAAGAAGAAGGUCAUUUCAUUCACACGUUGUGCAGUUCAGCUUCUAGUCUUCCUUAUUUUGGGCUGCACACAAUGUGUUCUCCUGGCAGUGAUGUCCUAUGACCGGUAUGUGGCCAUCUGCAACCCUUUGCAUUACUCUACCAUCAUGACAUGGAAGUUGUGUGUCCAGCUGGCUGCAGGAUCAUGGGCCACUGGCAUACUUGGAUCUGUGGUAGACAGCACCUUCACACUAAGGUUACCCUACCGAGGGAGCAAUACUAUUUCUCAUUUCUUUUGUGAGGCCCCUGCACUGCUGACUUUGGCAUCCACAAACACUCAUACCACAGAGAUGGUUAUUUUCCUCUUGGGGGUUGUAGUUCUCCUCAUACCUGUAUCUCUAAUUCUGGUAUCCUAUGGCCACAUCAUUGUGACUGUCAUUAAGAUGAAGUCAACUACAGGGAGAUUGAAAGCAUUUUCUACCUGUGGUUCUCACCUCAUAGUGGUCAUCCUGUUUUAUGGGUCAGGAAUUGUCACCUAUAUGACUCCCAAAUCUUCCAAGGAACAAGAAAAACUAGUGUCUGUGUUCUAUUCAAUGGUGACCCCCAUGCUUAAUCCUAUCAUCUACAGCCUGAGGAACAAGGAUGUGAAAGGAGCUCUGAAGAAAGUCACCACAAAGAAUUUGUCAUGUAGGCUUGGAUUUUUCCAUUGA